AAACAUCGGCAGAAUGUGCAGGGGUACGUACCUACAACGAUCAGACCUCCACAUUCAGUGGUCCGCGCCUAGUUCUCGACAUCAACUGUUCAAACGACGGCUUUUCCAUCCAAAUCAACAACCUUCCCAGUCGUUUUGCAUCGAAAUAUCCCCUUAAAUCAUCUAUCCUUGUCAUGAACUCUUGAGAUACGUCUUUUAUGCGCUGACUUGGCGUCGGUUUGCUCCUGGAAAUCCCACCUGACCUUGCCUGGGCGCUGUCAGCACGCGCUUCCCCCACUUGCUCGCGACAGGGGAGAUGGGCGUCAUCAGGAAGAAGGUAGCCGCGAGAGGCGGCGAAGGAGGCGUAAAAUAUGUUUGCGAUGCGUGUUCAGCAGAUAUAACAUCAACGGUCAGAAUUCGAUGCGCGCACAGCGCCUGUAAUGAAUACGACCUCUGCGUUCAAUGUUUCGCCAGCGGCCAGUCCAGCAAUAACCACCAACCCGCCACGCAUCCGUUCCGAGUCAUCGAGCAGAACUCGUUCCCCAUCUUCGACCGAGAAUGGGGCGCCGACGAAGAAUUGCUGCUUCUGGAGGGUGCAGAGAUCUACGGGCUAGGCUCAUGGGCCGACAUUGCGAACCACAUCGGCGGCUAUCGGAACAAGGACGAGGUCAGGGAUCAUUAUUUGAAGGUCUACGUCGGAUCCUCCAAGUUCCCUCUCCCCGAACGAUGCAGUCCACAGGACAUGGAACUGGCCAACGAGAUCUCGCGCGAAGAGUUCCAGGCACGGAAGAAGCGGAGAAUCGAGGAGAGACGAGAGGCCGCCAAGAAUGCCCCAGUUCUCCAGCCCAAGACGAAGCCCACGGCCAGUGUUCCCGCCUGUCACGAGAUUCAGGGGUAUAUGCCUGGUCGCCUGGAAUUCGAGACCGAGUAUGCGAAUGAAGCCGAGGAGGCGGUGCAGCUCAUGCAAUUCGACCCCGGAGACGGCAUCAACCCUCGAACGGGGGAGCUGGAGCCUGAGAUGGAGCUCAAGUUGACAGUGAUGGAGAUCUACAACUGCAGGUUGACGCAACGCGUGGAGCGGAAAAAGGUCGUUUUUGAGCAUAAUCUUCUCGAUUAUAGGGAGAACAGCAAGACGGAGAAGAAACGGUCAAAGGAAGAAAGGGAUCUGCUUAACAAGGCCAAACCCUUCGCCCGGAUGAUGAACGGCACCGAUUUCGAAGCUCUCUGCCAGGGGCUAAUUGAUGAGCUCAAUCUUCGCCAGGCCAUCACUCAGCUCCAGGAGUGGAGAACCCUCCGUAUCGGCGACCUGCGGAGCGGCGAGAAAUAUGAACAAGAAAAGACGCAGCGCAUGCAAAAAGCAGUGCCACUGGGAUCGAUGGAUCGGGAGCGGCUGGCGACGACGACGCAGCGUAACAAGCAACAGCCGCCGCCAGACCCGCCAAGUGGCUCGGCGCUCUUGGUUGCCCCUGAGCUGCCAAUCCGCUCAGCAGCCUCUGUCGGUGGUACGAACGGAGAAACCGCCAACGGUGAUCCGAAGGGCCUCGCAAACGGGAAUCACAUCAACGACGGCGAUGUGGUCGUCGCAAACGGAGCUCCGCAGAAGCAGAAGUUCAUCCCUCAGCCCAUCCCGGGCAUCCAGCCGCUCCCUCUCAGCCAGGAGAAUGCGCCGGACUUCCACCUGCUCACUGCUGAAGAGGCCAAGCUCUGCGAAAUUUUGCGGCUGCAGCCCAAGCCUUACUUGAUGGUCAAGGAGCAGAUCCUCAAGGAGGCAGUCAAGGGCAAUGGUAGCCUGAGGAAGAAGCAGGCCAAGGAAAUCUGCCGUCUAGACCCUCAGAAGGGAAGCAGAAUUUUUGAUUUCUUUGUCAACGCCGGCUGGGUUGUUAAGGCCUGACACUGUCCGUCGUUGCCUAAGUGAGUGGCAGGCCCAUGAAUGGAGUCGGGGGCGGAUAUGCAAGCCUGCAUGGUGGAUGGGGUAGUUUUUUGAAUGGGUUGAUGAGGGCUGA